AAUGAGACGGAUUCGAACGGGCUAUCGACGGUCGAUGACACACACGGUACAGUCCGACCGAAUUAAUAUUGACGACACGCUCGCACGCUCGUGGCAGUUGACGUGAAAAUGAACGUCUGGAAGUUUCAGUAGCGAACACCUAGCGAGCUCGGCUAUGUCGCAUUUCAAGCGUUUCCGCGUGAUGAGCGAGCUCUCGAACGGCGAUGCUUCGACAGAUUUCCGAUCGCCGAGGAUAAAACGGGGACGAACGAACCUCGACAGACUGUACAGCUGAAGUUGUAUUGACCACAGCGAGUUUUCGUCGAGCCAACUGCCUUUCGUCGGCCGAAACCAGGUACACAACGGGCAUCGAGAGUGAAAGUACAAAGUGUCGUUGAUGUUCUGCGACAACGAGCCGACAACUUCGAACGGAGGAAGAUAAUUGAGCACGAGAUACGAUGCCGAAGACGAGGAAGAAACAAUGCCUCCUGAAACGCGUAGCGGAGCUUCGUAGCGGAGCUUCGGCCACGAAAUGCGACUGAUACGAUGCGGAGGUACACGAAAUCGGGAGAUCGCGCGACAAACGGGAAGGAUAUACCGCAGGAGCCUAAUUAAAAUUUUGAAAAACUCUCUGACCGAGCACUGCCAUUGUCACGUGAUCCCAUCCAAUUCUUACGUCACUUUUCGCGUGAAGUUUAAAAUUUCUCGCGACACCGUCGUCACGUUGUCCUACUGGGGUGAAAACAAUUCGGCAACUCGAGGCAAAAUGGGAAAAACGAGAGGAGUGCACGAAACAACGCCGGAAUUAAGAAAUCGAAUGGUGGGAAUGUACGAAGCUGGCCUGGGCCUGCGAGAAAUCGCAGCCGCUGUGAAUUGCUCGCAACGCACAGUAAAGAGAUGGUUGAACAGAUUCGACAAGGAAGGCACGGUAGAAACUCGGGAACGAUGCGGACGUAAGAGGGCCACGACGGCUGAACAAGAUGAGGCAAUUGUACGACUAGCCACGCAGACACCGAUAACAGCAGCAAAAGCUGUACUUCCAGCUUUGGGGCUUACCUGCUCCGUCGACACUAUACGCGAGAGAUUGCACAAAGCUGGAAUUCACAAUUGGAGCCCCUCGCGAAAGUACAUGCAAAGAAUCCCACUUGGCGAGACAGAUGGUGUUGCUAUACAGCAACCUGUAUGGAGACCUACUGGAACGCAAUUAGGGAAAAAAAAGUCUUCCAAAGAAUCGAGUAGGAAUGAAAAGAAUGCCGCUGUAACUAAAAAGAGAAAUCCAUUGAGGAAAAUUAGAGCCAAAGAUGUGUACGUUGGAGAUGGUGCACCGAUAGAAAGUGUAAAGUCCUCUAACGAGCAGCAGGAAUUUAUGUAUCAGCCACAGAAUCAUUCGCAGUCCCAAGUUAAUGAGAUACAAACGCCACCUCAACCUUCUUUGCAUCCCCAAACAGAAUUUGGCGAUACCUUGAGUUUAACUCAGGAAACACAACCUAUUUAUCAACAUCCUGGUCUGAAUAUCUCUCAGAAUUGGCCUCUAGACUUAGUGCAAGGAAGUCAUCAUUUUUCGCAGGGUCAACCAAAUUCAAUAUCUCACGAACAAGUAGUUUCCUCUCAACAGCUUCAAGAGUUGCACGCGCAACAAGAACAGCAUCACAUACAACAAAUACCACAAACAAUCGCAGAUCAGGCUCAUAAUCUUGAUCAACAACAAGGGCAACUUCAAGCAGAAAUUCAACAGCAGCAGCAGCAACAGCAACAGCAGCAACAACAACAACAACAGCAGCAGCAGCAGCAGCAACAGCAACAGCAACAGCAGCAACAUCGUGAUCACUUACAUUCUCAAUUAGCUGGCCCACAAACCAGUACAAAUUUAACUUCUGAUAAUUCUAAUACUCGUGGUCCUCGAGAUAAUAAUCAGUCUUCUAGCAUAGAAACUAAUCAGAGUAAAGAUUCAUCGAAAGAAGGUAGUGCGAAAAAUGAAGUACGCAGAAAGAAAAAAAAGGGCGGAAAAGCAAAAGGGACAUUGGAAACCAGUGUUGAAAUUCGAAAUCGUAUGAUUGGCAUGUCCGAAGCCGGUUUAUCCACAUUGUCUAUCGCACUUGCAAUCGACAGAUCGGAACGUACCGUUAAAAGAUGGUUAGAACGUUGGCAUAAAGAAGGCAACGUACAAACUAAGGAAAGAAAGGGUCGUCGACGAAUCACUACUAAAGAACAAGACGAAGCCAUUGUUGCUAUGGCUACUCAGCAACCGCUAACUGCAGCUAAACACGUUGCGCCUGCCUUGGGUUUAAAAUGUAGUGUUGAUACAAUCAGGGAAAGGCUUCAUAAAGCCGGUAUACAUAGUUGGAAGCUUGGAAAGAAACAGGGAGAAGGAAAUGCUGUGCAUACUGUACACCUUUGGCAACCCAGUGGCAAUCGGCCGAACAAACCAAAAUUACCGGGCGAGAGGAAGAAAAAAUCAAGCAGUAAUAAAAAACGCGAUCAAGCAUCAAACCAUACGCAGAAACGAUUAUCUACUAGAAAAAGGAAAACCGAGUCGGCUUCGGUAAAGAUGGUUUCACCAUCUGCAAACGUAAUAUCGGAACAAACCACCACUUUAUCAUUCCAUAAUCCUGGAACAAUGGCAAACUAUGUUUCAGGUUCGAAUAUAAUACAACCUAUUCACAAUAUUCCCGCACCUCCUCCUACAAUUGUUCAAUCUCAAUCGCAUCCGCCAGCAGGACCUCCACCUCCGCCGGCACCUCAAUCGAUACAACCAAUCAGUUCUAUGAUGCAACAAAGGCCCGAUUGUCGGUUAGCACCAACAAUUGUUGCACCUGUAUCGGGCCAAGGAAAUACCGGAGUUGCCUAUCCAUCGUGUAUGAUUGGAAGUAACAGUCAUACAGGACACAUGGAACAACCAGAUCCUUUAAAUUAUGAACCAUACAUUUGGAGUUUCUAAUCAUCAAGUACACAAAUAAUUCAUUAAAUCAUAAACUUCUAAGUCACUCUUACGACGUUCGAGCUCUCAAGAUUUUUUAUCACAUCUUACGACAUUCGAGUCGAAAAACCUGAAAUCAUCAUAUUAGGAUUGCGUUUAUACUAUUUAUAAUAACGACAUAGAGCUAAUUCGUCGAGCAAGUAAGUCGCUUUCGUGAGGUAUUUCAAUAUUUCUACGAUUGCUAAAAUCGAAAAUAAAUUUUGUUGCUCUGUGACAAUUGAAACAGUAGGUCCAAUUUUAAUCAAAAAUGUAAUUGAUUUUUAAUGUAACUUUAUACUUGCAUGCGUUAACUCAUUAGAAGUAAUUAAUUUAAUUGUUAAUCGAUAUCGAACAGAAUACAAAAUAUUUUAUGAAAAUAUUUAAUUAUUUUUCUUCUA